CGCGAGCGCGCCUGGUUAGCGGCGCUUCCGGCCCCAGCCACGGCGCUAGCAACCUCUUGAAAUGCGCCGAUGCGGUGCUUGAAACCUGGGCUGGAGCCGCCGCUGAUCGAGGAUCCUGAGAUCGGCGCGGGAUACCCUGGAGGCAGGCUGCCCAGAGGCUGGCGGAAGACUCCGCUCGCCGAUAGCGCCGGGAGGAGACGCACACGGCCUGGCCGGUGUGUCCUUACCGCCAUUCGUCCCCUGCCCGGCCCCUGGGCCAGCGGCGCUGAAAAACGGGCGGGGGCGCGGGGGCUCGGGAAAUUCAGGUUAAAUAAUUUCUCUGCAGAUCCGGUGCCGUUAAACCCUGAGAACCCACACUUUAAAAAAAAAAAAAAAAAAAUGAAGAAAUUAAGACUUAAAGAACUAGAGAGUCGCCUGCAACAAGUGGAUGGAUUCGAAAAGCCCAAGUUACUCCUAGAACAGUAUCCCACCAGGCCGCACAUUGCAGGUAGGGCGGCUGGUGACCACGCCUGUGCUUCUCGGGUGGCAUGUAUGCUGUAUACAAUUCAUAACACAUAUGAUGACAUUGAAAAUAAAGUGGUUGCAGAUCUAGGAUGUGGUUGUGGAGUACUCAGCAUCGGAACUGCAAUGUUAGGAGCAGGGUUGUGUGUUGGAUUUGACAUAGAUGAAGAUGCAUUGGAAAUAUUUAAUAGGAAUGUGGAAGAAUUCGAGUUAACAAAUGUUGACAUGGUUCAAUGUGAUGUGUGCUCAUUAGUUAACAGAAUGUCCAAGUCGUUUGAUACAGUAAUUAUGAAUCCUCCUUUUGGAACCAAAAAUAAUAAAGGAACAGAUAUGGCAUUUCUGAAGACUGCUUUGGAAAUGGCAAGAACAGCAGUAUAUUCUUUACACAAAUCCUCAACUAGAGAACAUAUCCAAAAGAAAGCUGCAGAAUGGAAAAUCAAGAUAGACAUCAUUGCAGAGCUGAGAUACGACCUGCCAGCAUCAUACAAAUUUCAUAAAAAGAAAUCAGUAGACAUUGAAGUGGACCUAAUUCGGUUUUCUUUUUAAAAGCCUCCAAAGACAAAUACAGCUAAAAACCUAAUUAAAAUGAAUACAAAAUUUGUUUACUAAA